GAACGCAUCACGCCUCAGUACCGUUGCGAGCAGCAGCCGCGGCGGCAGCGACGCCGCUUUCUCCUUCUUGUAACCUAAACAAUGCCUCGUACAGAGCGGAGCCACGCACACCAAUAGAAUGCGUUACACACACCGCAGAGCCCGCAUUUCGCUGCUAUUCUGACUUAUUAAAUGCGCCGACCGUAAGCAUGUGGAUACCUACGGAACAGGAGAAAUACGGCGUCGUGCUGGCCAGUUUUAGAGGGACCAUCCAGCAUGGCCUCCCCCUGGAAAUUGGAGACACGGUUCAAAUCCUGGAGAAAUGUGAAGGAUGGUACAGGGGAUUCAUCCUUAAAAACCCCAAUAUCAAGGGGAUCUUCCCAUCCUGUUUUAUCCACUUGAAGAAUGCCCACGUCAAGAACAAAGGGCAAUUUGAGACGGUCAUCCCUGUCGAGGACUCUGUCAUCACAGAGAUGACAUCCACACUGCGGGAGUGGGGUGCCAUGUGGAAGCAACUCUAUGUGAAGAACGAAGGGGAUUUGUUUCACCGGCUUUGGCAUGUGAUGAAUGAAAUCCUGGACCUGAGGAGGCAGGUGCUGGUCGGCCACCUCACUCAUGACCGGAUGAGGGACGUCAAGCAGCACAUUACUGCCAGAUUGGACUGGGGCAACGAACAACUCGGCCUGGACCUGGUCCCCAGACAGGAGUUCAGCAUGGUGGACCCUGAUGAACUCAGUGUCACAGAGCUUUACAGAAUGAUGGAGAAUCGGCACCGUAAGAAGGAAACCCCUGCGCCCGCCAGCACCCAUCACCUGUUUGUGCACGUCAAGAGUCUAAUGAGCGCCAACCUGGGGGAGGAGCUAGAGGUCUUCUUUCACAUUUAUGAUGGACGGGAGGGCCGUCCUCUCAGCGAACGCUUCUUCGUCAGGCUGAAUAAGAGCGGGUUGCCCAAGUCGCCGGAGAAGACGGAGAGACAGUGCACGCUGUUUGUGGAUUUGGGAAGCAGCGAUCUGCGGAAAGAUGUCUACAUCGUUGUGCACAUCAUAAGAAUAGGGAGGAUGGGAGCUGGGGAGAAGAAGAACCUGUGCAGCGUGCAGUACAGGCGGCCUCUCGGCUGCGCUGUGGUCAGCAUAGCCGAUCUCCUCACCGCAGACUCUAAGGAUGACCACCUGCUGAAAGUUUACACGUGUAACACAGAGAGUGAGUGGUACCAGAUCCAUGAAAAUAUCAUCAAAAAAGCCAAUUCCAGAUACAAUCUGUCUGGAUCCAACACAGGCCUGGCUGUGGCUCUGCAGCUCCUACACGGAGACAUCGAGCAGCUGAGGCGGGAGUAUAUGGUCCUGUUCACUCGAGGUGUGUCCAUUACCAGGAAACUGGGCUUCUCUGACAUCAUCAUGCCAGGAGAAAUGAGGAAUGACCUUUACAUCACACUGGAGAGGGGAGAGUUUGAGAAGGGGGGAAAGAGCGUCGCCCGAAACGUAGAGAUCACAGUUUAUGUGUUAGACAGUGAUGGUCAGAUCCUUAAGAGUCACGCCGCCGCCGGUUCAGGCGAACCAGGGGGAGACGAGUACCACUCUCUGGUUCUGUACCACAACAACAGUCCUCGCUGGGCGGAACAGAUCAAACUGCCCAUCCCGGUGGACAUGUUCAGGGGAUCUCACGUUCGCUUUGAGUUUCGGCACUGCUCCACGAAAGACAAAGGCGAGAAGAAACUGUUUGGAUACUCCUUUGUGCCUCUGAUGCAGGAGGAUGGCAGGACUCUGCCAGAUGGCACCCACGAGCUCAUUAUCCACAAGUGUGAGGAGAACACCAACCUGGCUGACUGCUCCCGCUACCUGAAACUGCCGUGCUCCAAGGCCAACCUUCCAUCCAACAAUCAGACGCUGAAAAGCACCAAAGAGUCUUUCUGGAUCACCAGCUUCCUCUGUUCAACCAAACUUACCCAAAAUGGUGAGAUGUUGGACCUGCUGAAGUGGCGAGCGCAUCCUGAAAGAAUCCUCGAUAGUCUAUCAAAGCUGAAGGAGAUCGAUGGCUCUGAGAUUGUCAAAUUUUUGCAGGACACCCUUGAUACUCUCUUUGGGAUUUUGGAUGAAAACUCCCAGCGAUAUGGUCUAAAGGUUUUCGAUUCACUGGUCCAUAUCAUCAAUCUGCUUCAGGACAGCAAAUUCCAACACUUCAAACCGGUCAUGGACACCUACAUCGAGAGCCACUUUGCCGGAGCGCUGUCUUACAGAGACCUGAUCAAAGUCCUGAAGUGGUACGUGGACCGCAUUGUUGAUGCAGAACACCAGGAUCACAUACAGCAGGUUCUUAAGGCCAGUGAAUACAUCUUCAAGUACAUUAUCCAGUCUCGCCGGCUCUUUUCGUUGGCCACAGGGGGCCAAAACGAGGAGGAGUUCAGAAUGUGCAUCCAUGAGCUUUUUAUGUCCAUCCGCUUCUUCCUCUCCCAGGAGAACAAAGGCAUCAGUCCGGUCGCACAAACACAGGCUGUGUUCCUGAAAACGUUCCCUGCCAUCUACAGUGAACUGCUGAAGAUCUUCACAGUGCGAGAGGUGGCGAGUUUCGUCCGAGAGACCCUAGCCAGCCUGCCGAGCUCAGUCCACCCCGAAAGUCCACUGGAAGCCGUCAAGCUGCAGUGCAUUGCCAAGACAGUGGAGACCCAGCUCUACAUUAACCCAGAAUCCCGGUGCAUCCUGCUCCCUGUGGUGCUUCGGGUUCUCCAGACCCACAUGCAGGAACAAAGAGACCUGGUCAUGUGUGCCCGCAUUCUCACCAGCAUGAUGUCUCUCAUCAAGAAGGAGGAGAACGGCACUGUGGAGCCAACGGUGUCUGAGGAAGUGGAACUAAUAGUGGAAAGUCUGCUGGGGGUUUUAAUGAGGACCAUCUUGGAAAUCAGCAACCGGCCCCAGUCUGCCGGACCUGCCAUGAGACUGCAGUUCCAGGAUGUCACUGGAGAAUUUGUGGCUUGUUUGUUAGCGCUAUUGCGACAGAUGACUGACAGACACUACCAGAAGCUGCUGCAGGCUUUCAGCAGCAAAGACGACUUGAGGGACUUCCUUCUUCAUAUCUUCACUGUCUUCAGGAUCCUGAUUAGACCAGAGAUGUUUCCUAAAGACUGGACUGUCAUGCGGCUUGUAACAAACAAUGUCAUCAUCACAACUGUCCUCUACCUUUCUGACGCUCUGAGGAAAAACUUCCUCAAUGACAAGUUUGACUACAAAGUGUGGGACUCCUAUUUCUAUUUAUCUGUAAUAUUCAUCAACCAGCCCUGUCUACAGCUGGAGUCCUUCUCUCCUUCCAAAAAGAAAAAGAUUCUGGAAAAGUAUGGAGACAUGAGGGUGAUGAUGGGCUGUGAGAUCUUCAGCAUGUGGCAGAAUUUAGGAGAACACAAGUUAAACUUCAUUCCAGCUAUGAUUGGACCCUUUCUGGAGGUGACCCUUGUUCCCCAGCCUGAUCUACGGAAUGUCAUGAUCCCUAUUUUCCAUGACAUGAUGGACUGGGAGCAAAGACGCAGCGGAAAUUUCAAGCAGGUUGAGGCCAAACUGAUUGACAAGCUGGACAGCUUGAUGUCUGAGGGCAAAGGAGACGAGACGUACAGAGAGCUCUUCAACAGCAUAAUUCCUCUGUUUGGUCCGUACCCUAGUCUGCUGAAGAAGAUCGAGAGAGAGACCUGGAGGGAGAGUGGGAUCUCUCUUAUCGCCACCGUCACUCGCCUGAUGGAGAGGCUGUUGGAUUACAGGGACUGUAUGAAGCUGGGAGAAGUCGAUGGCAAAAAGAUUGGGUGUACUGUUAGCUUGUUGAACUUCUACAAAACAGAGCUGAACAAAGAGGAGAUGUACAUCCGUUACAUACAUAAACUGUACGACCUGCACUUGAAAGCUCAGAAUUACACAGAGGCGUCGUACACACUGCUGCUGUACGAUGAGCUGCUGGAGUGGUCAGACCGGCCGCUCAGAGAGUUCCUCAACUACCCCAUGCAGAGCGAAUGGCAGAGAAAAGAGUAUUUGCAUAUUACUAUAAUCCAGAACUUUGACAGGGGAAAGUGUUGGGAGAACGGCAUCAUCCUGUGCAGGGAGCUCGCCGAUCAGUACGAGUCUUACUAUGACUACAGGAACUUAAGCAAAAUGAGGAUGAUGGAAGCCUCGCUUUAUGACAAGAUCAUGGACCAGCAGAGAUUGGAACCUGAGUUCUUCAGAGUCGGAUUCUACGGAAAGAAGUUCCCUUUCUUCCUGCGGAAUAAGGAGUUUGUGUGCCGCGGCCACGAUUACGAGAGGUUGGAGGCUUUCCAGCAGCGAAUGCUCAACGAGUUCCCCCACGCCAUCGCCAUGCAGCACGUCAACCAGCCCGACCAGACCAUAUACCAGGCAGAUGCUCAGUACCUGCAGAUCUACGCGGUUACUCCCAUCCCGGAAAGUCAGGAUGUGCUGCAGAGAGACGGAGUGCCCGACAACAUCAAGAGCUUCUACAAGUUUAAUCACAUUUGGAGAUUCCGAUAUGACCGGCCCUUCCACAAGGGCACCAAAGACAAGGAGAACGAGUUUAAGAGCCUGUGGGUGGAGAGGACGACCCUGACUCUGGUCCAGAGUCUUCCUGGCAUAUCUCGCUGGUUUGAAGUGGAGAAGAGAGAGCUGGUGGAGGUGAGCCCGCUGGAAAACGCCAUUGAAGUGAUCGAAAACAAGAACUUGCAGCUGCGCACGCUGAUCACGCAGUGUCAGAACCGGCAGAUGCAGAACAUCAACCCCCUCACCAUGUGCCUCAAUGGUGUCAUCGAUGCCGCCGUCAACGGGGGCCUGGCCCGCUAUCAAGAGGCCUUUUUUGCCAAGGACUACAUCAUGAAUCACCCGGAGGAUGGCGAUAAGAUUGGGCGCCUGCGAGAACUCAUGUUUGAGCAGGCACACAUUUUGGAGUACGGCCUCGCCGUGCAUGAGAAGUUUGUUCCACAAGACAUGAGACCUCUACACAAGAAGCUAGUGGAUCAGUUCCAUCUAAUGAAAUCCAGUCUGGGCAUACAGGAGUUCCCGGCUUACGUGCGAGCGAGCCCCGUGCCCUUCACGAAUGGCAGCCCUCGAUCCUGCCGGAACUCAGUUCCAAGCAUCGUUAGCACAGACGCCAGCAGAGGGGUCGCAAGGCGGAGUUGGAGCAGCUACCCCGCCGUCAACCGCUAUUCCUCCUCCUCUCUAUCGUCACAAGCCUCCAACGAGGUCAGUAAUAUCACGGGACAGUCAGAGAGCUCUGAUGAAGUCUUCAACAUGCAGCCCAGUCCGUCUACCUCAAGCCUCAGCUCCAACCAUUCUGCCUCACCCAACGUCACCAGCUCGGCCCCGUCCAGUGCCAGAGGUUCACCUCAAAUGGCAGAGAAACACAAGCACGCCCGAGAAAACGCGUGUUUGUCUCCACGGGAGAGGCCGGUCAGUGCCAUAUUCCCCAAUCCUCACGACGCCACACAGAGAACUUCUGCUCAUCAGAUAGCGGAUACCACUUUACCAAGGAGUGACCCCAAUCUCUCGGCACCGGAUAAAGUGAGACCCACUCCCAGUAGCUGGAGCCUAGACAGUGUCAAGGAGGGCGGGCCGUCCUUCUCUGACUCUGUCUACAAAAUGCAAUGCCCUCCUGUUCCCCCUAGGCCGCCAUAUUCAGGAUCCUCAGCUAAAAACAUGAGGUCCCAAUCCCCGGUUCUCACGUCCAGAUCUCCCCAGAAGUCAACGGUGCCGCCGUUCACGCCGUCGCCCACCGAGUGCCAGUCUGCCAGCUUGGUGUCCAACUCGCCCGUCCUGUCCGGCAGCUACAGCAGCGGCAUCUCGUCUCUGAGCCGCUGCAGCGUGUCGGAGGCUUCAGGCACCGAGCUGCCCUCGCUGGACCACCCGCCGUACCCUCUUCCCCCGCCGGGCCCCUUCCCAAACUCCACCUCCAGCGGCUCGGACGAGCCGAUCCGCAGGGAGAACAAGACCCCUCCUCCCUACAGCGUGUACGAGAGGAACAACCCCCGCAGGCCCGUGCCGCUGCCUCACAGCCUCUCCAUCCCGCCGCAAACAGACCCGCCGGCUCUGCCGCCCAAACCCCACCAGCUGCGCACUGGCAGCAUGAAACUGGACGGAACUGCUGACCCGCGAGUCCCCAAACCCAGAUCUCUGCCCAGGAAGGUGUCCCAACUAUAGGUGCUAGUUCAGGGGCUUUGGGGGGGGGGGGACAUCACACACUGGCAUAAUUUGCACUUUUCUACUCAGCACUCAUUCUUUUUUGUGAUCUUCAUUCCCAUUUCACUGAAAAACCUGUCAGUCAGAAACAGAUCAAACUAAAUUAAGCAGAAAAUUCCCUUUUUUGUGUUUUCUAGAGGGAAUGUGAAUUUGAUCCCAGUCGUUCUUCACUUUCAGCUUUAGAUGAUCGAUUAGGAGAGCAGGGUCAGUCAUUAGGUCUGAUUACGGAACACUCCAGAUAAAAAAAAACCACUUUGAUAUGAGUACUAAUCUCAGAUAUAUGUAUAUUGGUAUAAAUGAGAAUUGUUUUCGCCUUAAGUAUUGGAAACAGUCUUUUAUCAGUGAGUCUUGCACGUUUUUUUUUUUUAACAACUCCGUAUUUGUAUGUUGUACAGCAAAAAAAGGUGCUAAGGGCCUCAAGUAUGCAUUUCAAUGAAGUGAGGAAGAUGUGAGGAAGAUGAGUUGUGGAUUUGCGCCUAAUCUGACACAUUCAGACUGUAUUUAUGACCGUAUAUGAUCAUUUUAAUGCAGUCUUUGAGGAUAUGUGUUCAACUCUUUUUGGCACAAAAUAGUUUUUUGGGAAUUCUCAUAAUUUUACGUAAAGCUCGUAAGUAGUUUGAAGACUUGAAUUCUCAGCUUCACAAUUUUUGGGGGCUUUCACACUGAGGUAGUGGACUCUGUUGGAAUGAGCAGGAAGUCGAAAAAAAAAAUUCUAAUUCUAAAUUAAUUUAAUGUCAUGUAGUUUUUUCUGCUGGCCUUUGGGGGGCAGUAUUGAACAAAACGAUCAUGAAGCAGCAAGAACAAAACCAGCCCGUUCUUGAGACAAUCUCUAUAAUCGCUGUUUAUUUUCCUCCAUACUUUUAUUGCAUUUCGCCAGCGCUGCUGAUAAUAUUUUUCGGACCACCAGAAUCUAAAGCGCAAUAUUAAUAAACCGAGAAUGAACAGCCUAUUUCAGGCUGUUUCACGGAAUCAAGUGAAACAAAACAGUCAGAUAAUGUGGUAUAUGACUACAUUACCCAGAAUACCUGUAGGGGCCAAGAGGCAGGUGAUUGGUCAGAGGUGUUGAUGGGAAGUUUUUUGUUUUUUUUGUUGAUCUACAUGUUUCCCAUUUAUUUUUGCAAUAAUUACCCCUUGCAGAAAGUUCAAAACAAUAUUCAAGUCAAACUUUAUUGACAACUCAACACUCACGUUUUUACUUCAAAUGGUUGAAGCACAGUACGCAUCACUACCAGGCGCCUGACUGUGGGAUCCAUAUGUCUCGUUUCCACUCUGCUAAUUUGAGCGUUUCCAUUAGAAAAAGGACCCAUUCAGUCAGACCGGAUCGUAACUGUUUUGGGCCCCUGUUGGUUGUAGGUCGAUGGACAAAUGGAACGGAUUGGUUACUGUUGAAACCCAUUGAUAGGCUGAAGGUCACUACAACAGGAGAAAACUCCAACAAAGCGGAUGUAUUUAUCUUCGUCGCCCGCAAUCUUCUCUCAAACAACAUUAAAUGUUUUGUAAAUACGAAGUACCAAAAGCCAAAAAGGAAAAAAAUGAGCUGGCGUAUGACCUCCUUGGCUGUUAUUAACUUCACCCCGCAUGUGCCGUGACGGUCUAACUUUGAAUGGAAACACUCACCUGAAUUGCCUGGACCAUUCUAAACUGGACCAGACCGGACCAUAAAUGGAAACGAGGCUCUAAUACCCCAACAAUCAAACAGUGCGGCUUCAUAGUUUACCAAGGACGUACUAAAACAUUUUGAGUUUUUUUGAGUGCCAUGUACCACAGAAAACAAAUCCAGGAGGGUAAGCAUAACCAGAAUAUCUAAAAAAGCAUACCAGACUAUAUUUUAUUUUGGAAAAUUUAAUUUUUGCUUAUUUUAGCCAGAAUGAUGAUCAACUGUUUUCAGGCAGACAAGAGUUCAAUCAAUGGAUUGAAUUGAUUGAAUAGAUUCAGAGUUCAGGUGCGUUUUCACAUCUCGCAAACAAAGCAACUGUAGUCCAGACCCAACAGCCCAGUGUGAAAGCAAAACCCCCAAAAGUCAACAAGAAAAGGUGUCUCAUUUACUAUCAAGUCAUGAGUUUGGACCAAACACAUGCACACAAACCCGACCUUGCACUGCCGUUGCCGUUUAUGUGAACGUUGUCGUUUCCCGCAUGGCGUAGAAACCCAGAGAUCUUCUCUGACCAGUUCAGUGAGUUAGCGCCAUCAUCAUUUUUGUGCCAAAGCUAAGUAAAUGGUAGUUUGCUCCCCAUUUUGUUUUUUCUUAAAUUAAGCUUCUUUUACUUAAAGGAGACUUAAAAAUGAAUUUUUUUAGACUUGAAAGAACAUUUCAAGUAACUUUAACUGUAAAAUCCAAAUUAUUCACAAUUGUUUUUGUAUCUAGAUAAGCACAAACGCGGUUUUCUCUUCUGUUAAAACCAAUCCUUUAACGGUGACCUCUUUUUAUUCCUUUUAUUUUUUAAGCAGGAAGUUUCCUUAUCAGAUGAAGAGUAAGACGUGAAUGUCAGCAUCAAAAACAUUUUCAAACAGAUUCUUGUCAAAAAGAAGGAUGUGUAUGGACUGCACUACAAACAGUUGUUCAUUUCAGCCAAGUCAUGCAUUGCAGCAGUGAAAUUGAUUCUUUUGUGGUGCGCAUAUUUCAGCAUUUUUUUAAUACGGGAAAACUGCAUUUUUAGCAAAAAAGAUGAAGUAAUUCAAAUAGUUGCCACCUUUUUCAAGGAACAAAAAGUAGAUGGGAUUGUUUGUAUGUUCUUUUCUAAAUUCUUUUGGUGAACUUUUUGGAGAUUAAAUAUUCAUAUUAAUCAGUACUUAAAGAGCGUGUAAAUUAUAUGAUGAGAUUAAUGUAAGUACGCCAAAUAUAAAAAUUUGUGUAUUUCAAUUCAUGUAAAUACGGUGUUUUUAACAAAAUGUAGCUAUAACAAUUUACAGCUUUGAAUGUAAUGUUAAAGCAGCAAAAUGAUUAUUAUAAAUGUUUAAACUUCUAUUGUUUUGUGAGUGUAGAAGAACUAAAGUCAUGCCAAAUGACUCAUUUAAAAGUUCAAUAAACUGCCUGAUGAAACAGAAAUGGA